AUGAAUAGACAUGAGUAUGAAGCUAUCGGAGGAGAUGAAGAUGAGGAUGUUAGUUUGGUGAGCGUGAAUAAACACCAACAACAUCAACAACAAAUUUCACAAAAUAAUCAAGAUGGAGAUGGAAUACGAAGAUAUAGUGUUUCAUUUGCUGAGGUAGUUCAUAGAAAGGAAAAUCCUAAAAAGUUUGAAAAGACCAUUCCUAGAGAUGCUUAUUCAAUGGCUAGAAUUAUGUUUUUAUUGAUGGGAUCGGGUAUCUUGGUUCCUGGAAUUUGUUUUCAAUUAUCUGUCGAUUGGUUUACUUUGAUAUUUCCGACACCAUCACCAGAUAGUUUCAAUCUUUUUGACUUUUUAGAAUAUAUACUUAGUUUUGGAUUUAAUAUAGGACAAUUGACUUCAAUGAUAAUUUAUACAAUAUUCAUGUGGAGGAAAUCUGUACAUACUUUAAAAGCACAAACAUUUACAGUAGAACAAUUUAUUUUCCUAGGAUAUGCAUUGAAUUUUGUUUGUGUAUUGGUCACAUUGUUUAUUAAUGUGAUUUUAGUCAAUCAAUAUGGAUUUAAUAAUAAUGAACAAACCUAUGAUAAGAUAUUCAUGUUGACUUGUGAAGAAGAUAAUUUCUCAGGAUCCAAUGAAGAUGCUCCACAGAGUAUUGCCUCUAUUGGAAAUUUAAAUGGAGAUGGUGAUGAUAUUACUGAAGAUCUUGAUACUCAAAGCUUGAUUACUGAAAAGGCAGAAGUACCAGAUAUUAGUGUGAAUAUGAAUGAUUUUGGUAUUACUUGGUUGUCUCUCAUGAGAAAGUUGUGGUCUCCUGGUCUUGGUAUUUUUGUUACCUUCCUUACUACAUUUUCACUGACACCUGGUUUGAUUACUGAUAUCAGAUACAUUAACGAGGGAAAGGAUAUUCACAUGUCUUGGAAUCCAAUUAUUACUCUUUCAAUUUUCAAUAUUUUUGAUUUGAUUAUUUUCUGUGUUAAUCCACUUUAUAUUACUCAACCAAUUUGGUUUAGUAUUAUUUUAGCUCUCUUUGGUUUGACCAAUGGUUAUUGCUGUUCAAUUGGUAUGGCAAGUGGUCCAUCAGUUGUUAAAACUGGAGAACAAGAAAAGGCAGCCUACCUGAUGAACUUUUUCCUUAAUACUGGAUUGUUGUUUGGAUCAGCAAUUGGUAUUGGUUGUGGUUAUCUAGUUCACUUUGCUUGGUAGUUUUUAUUUACAAAUUUACAAAAACUUAAUUAAAAUUAAAAUCUUGAUCAUUAUGGAAUUGUAAUUGUUGAGAUUCGUCCUCUUGAGAUUUUCCAUUCUUUCUAUUUUGUUCCAACAUUUUACGCUUAUAUCUCAUUCUCUUGUUACCAAACCAAUUGUUAACUUGAGAAAGUGAGAGUCCAGUUUGUUGUGAAAGAACUCUCUUUUCAUCAUCACUUGGAUAUGGAUCAUGUAAAUGUUGGAAAAACCAAACAUUUAAUACGUCUGUUGAUGAUUUACAGAAAUUCUUCUUCUUUUUAGCAAGAUUUAAAACUUCUCCAGAAUAACGUUUCUUCAAUUCCUUAACAACAUCUUCUGGUUUCUUCAUAUCAGAUAAUGAGUAAUCAUCAUCAAGUCCAGAUCCAUCAGAACCAUUAUCAUUUUGAUCCAUUUGAUCUGUUUGAUCGUCUCCACUUGAUUGACCAAAUGCCAAGUUACCUCCUUGACUGUUAAAACCAGCAAUACUGGAUCCGGUAUAAACUAAAGGAUAUUGUACUUUUUGUUUGGCAUUUUGUUUGGCGUUUUGUUUUUCAAUAUGUAAAGUGUGAUGCAUUCUGUCAAUAUAAUCCUCACAUAAAUUAUACAAGCUUUGUAGUUCAAUCUUUGCAAGAGUGUGCAUUGCUGUCAUGCCAAUUAACACAUCAUCGGCUUGUGAUGGUUGUGGUUCUGAAAGUGUAGGAAGCUCACUUUCAAUAAUUGUAGGAUAUGAAGUUUGUUGUAAAUAACUACUAAAUAAUUGAUUGAUGAUAGAACCGUUAUCAUUUUGUACAGAGACAUCAAUUGAAGUUUGUGUUUGAUUCGGAAUUUCACUGUCACCAAUUUCAUGUAACUUUCUCUUAAUGUCUUCACUUGUCACUGUUGUUGGUUGUGCGGAAAUGUUUUUAUAGUGACGAUGACCAUCCGCAAUGGUAACACUUUGACUGGCAAGCACCGAAGGAUACAGAGGGUGAUGAAUAAUAUUUUGAGUUGCC